CCAUCGCAAGGCUUGCCAUGUCAUCCUUCUCCUCCAUGCUCAUCCACUUGGCUCGUAAUCAGUAUCCUUAUUGUUGAGCCGGGUACCAAGUGCUAGGUUAUUGAUCAGAGAAUUAUAGCCGCUGAGCCGAUGGAGAUCACUGCCAGUCAUGCCUUGCAUUUGAGGGUGACUUGGAUUGAAGGCCGACCGUGAUGACAGCUGAACUCACAGUUUGUCCGUGUGAACUGCAGAAUCACUUCCACAUGGGGUUCCUUCUGGGAUCGCAAUCAACGAAUCAUCGUAGUAUUGGCCCAAGGGUUCGUCGAGCAGGAUUCCUUGCCACGCUCCGUGAAGGAAGUAGUAGCGAGGUCACUAGAGUCACAAGUCAGACAAUGUAUGUACCAUCAACAGCCAACAACAGCAGAUGUCACCGUAAGAAUACCACAAUCUUCUUUCAUCUUAAGGGGGUUUUCUUUUUCGCAACCUACAUUAUACCGAUUUCCCAAUAUAUUCAAGCCAUGGAUGCUCUAUAUAGUCGGCACUCUGUGAAAUAGAUGAAUGGGAAGAAAAGAAAUAAAAACAAAGGGAAAUAAAGUGGAAUAUUACAGAGGGACACCAAGUGGAGAAGGAGGCAAUCAACUCAACCUGCC